AUGGCGUUAUUCGGGCCUCUCAUAUGGCUCUGCGCACUAGCCUUCCUCCUUCACUCACGCGCCCUCGCGGUCCCCGCCGCAAAAACCUACAUCGUCCACAUGAACCCCUACCAGAAGCCCGCCGCCUACGCCACACACGGCGACUGGUACGCCGACCACCUCCAGGCUCUCUCCUCCGCCGCCCCUGAUUCCCUCCUCUACACCUACGACGCCGCAUACCACGGCUUCGCCGCCGCCCUCACGCCGGAGGAGGCCGAGUCCUUGCGCCGGUCGGAAGCCGUGCUCGGGGUGUACGAGGACUCGGUGUACACCCUCCACACCACGCGCACGCCGGAGUUUCUCGGGCUGGAGACCGGGCUCGGUCCGUGGGCCGGGCACAGCCUUCAGGAGUUGAAUCAAGCUUCCCAGGACGUGAUAAUUGGUGUCCUGGAUACUGGGGUUUGGCCGGAAUCGAGGUCGUUCCACGACGGCGACAUGCCCGAUGUGCCGGCUCGGUGGCGCGGCGAGUGCGUGGCAGCCCACGACUUCGAUCCGAAGAUCCACUGCAACAAGAAGCUAAUCGGCGCUAGAUUCUUCGACAAGGGGUACAGUAUGGCCUCGGGGAGGAAGGAGUCGAGGUCCCCCCGCGACGGCGACGGCCACGGCACGCACACGGCGAGCACCGCCGCCGGCGCGGUGGUUCGCAACGCCAGCCUGCUGGGCUACGCAAGCGGGAACGCGCGUGGGAUGGCGCCUCAUGCCAGGGUAGCGACCUACCGGGUCUGCUGGAAGUCGGGUUGCCUCGGAUCCGACAUACUCGCCGCCAUGGAGCGAGCGAUUCUGGACGGCGUUGAUGUCCUCUCCAUGUCCCUUGGCGGCGGAUCUGCGCCGUACUACCGCGAUACCAUCGCUGUCGGAGCUUUUGCAGCCAUGGAGAGAGGGAUCUUAGUUUCCUGCUCGGCCGGAAACAGCGGACCCGCGAAGGAAUCACUCGCGAACGUCGCGCCGUGGAUAAUGACUGUCGGCGCCGGCACAAUAGAUCGGGAUUUCCCUGCCUUUGUUACCCUAGGCAACGGGAAAAAAUUCACCGGGAUGUCGCUGUACAGUGGGAAAGGCAUGGGGAGGAGACUAGUGCAGUUGGUCUACAACAAAGGCAGUAACAGGUCCAGCAACCUGUGCCUCGCCGGAUCCCUAGAUCCGGCCGACGUCCGCGGCAAGGUGGUGGUCUGCGACAGGGGGAUCAGCCCGAGGGUGGAGAAGGGCGCGGUGGUGAGGGACGCCGGCGGCGUGGGGAUGAUUCUGGCGAACACGGCGGAGAGCGGGGAGGAGCUUGUGGCGGACAGUCACCUUCUGCCGGCGGUGGCGGUGGGACGGAGGACGGGGGAUCUGAUAAGGGAGUACGUCCGGACUGCGGCGGGAAAGCCGACGGCGGUGCUGAGCUUCGGCGGGACGGUGUUGAACGUGAAGCCGUCGCCGGUGGUGGCGGCGUUCAGCUCGAGGGGGCCGAACGUGGUGACGCCGGAGAUACUGAAGCCGGACGUGAUCGGGCCAGGCGUAAACAUCCUGGCGGCGUGGUCGCAGGCGGUGGGGCCCACGGGGCUAGAUAAGGACGGCCGGAGGAGCCAGUUCAACAUCAUCUCUGGUACAUCCAUGUCUUGCCCGCACAUAAGCGGGCUUGCGGCCCUGCUUAAGGCGGCCCACCCGAGCUGGAGCCCGAGCGCAAUCAAGUCAGCACUCAUGACCACCGCAUACACCCUCGACACCACCAACUCCCCUCUACGCGACGCGGCCGAUUUCUCCAUCUCGACCCCGCACGCUCACGGAUCGGGCCACGUGGACCCGGGCCGGGCCCUCUCUCCGGGCCUCGUGUACGACGCCACCCCGGAAGACUACGUGGACUUCCUCUGCUCCCUCGGCUACAGGCCCGAGAUGGUCCAGCUCGUGGCCCGUCGCCCCAAUGUCACUUGCGCACGGUCCAAGUCCCGGAGCCCGGCCCAGCUCAACUACCCCUCUUUCUCCGUGCUGUUUGGGAAGUCCCGGGUCGUGCGUUUGACCAGGGAGCUGACCAACGUGGGGCCCGCCGGAUCGGUCUACACGGUUUCGUUCGAGGCUCCGGUUGGCGUGGGCUUGAGCGUGAGACCCACGAGGCUUGUUUUCAAGAAUGUCGGCGACAAGCAGAGGUACACGGUCACGUUUGUGUCGAGAAAUGUUUCAGGGAAAGGGUUCGUUAAGGAUGCGUUUGGUUCGAUUUCUUGGAAGAAUGCGGAGCAUACGGUGAGGAGCCCGGUUUCGUACUCGUGGACUGGGCUUUGA